AUGGCCUGCAGGGGUUGCACUCGACCCAGGGGCCUGGCCUGGGCCCUGCAACUGACCCUGGCAUGGAUCCUGCUGGGGGCUUGUGGAGGGAGCCACCCACUCCCAGCUAGAUCCCAGAGACACCAUAGGUUGGUGACCAAUUUGGGCCCAAGCCAGCUGCACCUGGCAGAGAUGAACACACCAGAGGCAUCGGACCCUGGGAUCGUCUCAGGGAGCUGUGGGGAGCUGAGCCCCGGGUGUGAAUCCUUCCUGGGAAACCUCCAGGUUGCCCUCCGCAGUCGUUUCCACCUGCUGCUAUUGGGGGUACGCCAGACACAGCCUCUCUGCUCGGAGCUCUGCGAUGCCUGGUUUGCCACCUGCGAAAGUGAUAUCCUCUGCAGCCCGACUUGGCUCCCACUCCUAGAAAAGAGGGGCUGCGAGCCUGGCUGCACCACCUAUGGGCAGACUUUUGCUGACGGAGCGGAACUUUGCCGCUCGUUUCUGGGCUACGCGGUACCAGUGGCGGAUCCUGGCUCUGGUCACUGCCUCAACAUUUCCAUCUCGGUGCUGCCGCGUCCCAGACACGCACGGAGGGCCCGGGAAACCACUUUCCGGCGCUCCCGACGCCCUCGCACCUGGAUCCUGGACGCUGCAAGCAGCGGAAGUGGCAGUGGAAGUGGCAGCGGCCCCUAG